UCCCUCCCUUCCGAAUCCCCGCAUUGAGCGCAACCUGGAGACGAGAGGCGAUCAAACUCCUAACGGCAAGGUUGCCGAGCAAGGCCUGGGAAUAACCAAACGUUUCUUUUCCUUUUGGGCUCCCCAGUCGGCAGAGCUGUGUGAUCGGCUUCAUGGGUUCUUCAUUCAGAUACCAUGCCCUUGAUCAGGUCCAGCUUUCUCUUUGGGGCCGGUCCUUCGGCGUGGCCAGUGCGGAGAGUUGUGUGAUCGCAGAGGUGUGUGAUCGGCUUCAUGGCGACUCGAAGUGGAAGUCAGGUGCUGGACUCGGACCCGAAUCACAGGUUGGAUGGUGGGGCUGAGCAGCUGUGCAUAUGUGCUGGGCAAGCGAGUUGAGGCGAGUUGGUUACACAGUGACAUAACCAACAACAACCUUCACUCAAUGCCUGCAUUUCGAAAUUGUCGGUUCAAAUUUCGAAUCACGGUGUCAAGAACCGGUAGGCAACCGGGAAGGCUGAAUCCUCCUUCUCAUCGUCGAUGCAUCUGCAUCAUCUCAAACCGGUCUGCGAAGCACAAUACAAUACAGCAUGCGAGAUGUUGCGCCUCUCGAACCCUCGAUGAACUCACCUCGCUGCACCUCACUCUUUGCCAUCGCCAACUCACAUCACCAACUCCCACAACUCCAAUUCCUUAUUCUUCGCACGACAAUGACAUUCCGCUGCCCACCCAACGAUCGCCACCACCUUCCUUCCCCUCUUCCUCCUCCCCUCCUCGCGACAAUCUCAAUCUCAAUCUCCACGCUCUCAGCCUCGGCACCCGGCGUUGAUUGACAUAUAUGAUAUUUCCUUUUAAACGCUCAGUCCCCUCUUGCUCCCCUCUCGAAUCACACCACAACACCACGCCGUUAAGCCUUCACGCCUUGGGCUUGGGGUAUUCCCGACGC